AUGCAGAGUUCGAGACUUACUGAGCUAUUUAAAUGCUCACUGAAAAAGAACAAGAGCAAAGAUGCUGAAAUUAUAAGAAUGAAGGAACAAACACAGUGGGAACUCUCUUUAAGUGCAACGAAUAAAUUAUCAUAUUGCUCCCAAAGUUCAAGAAACAGAUCAUACUCAUACGAUGAUUCUAGCACAAGACAACAGCCACAAAGAAAAAUCUCUGCCGCAAAAUCCGGAAAUUUAACUAAAAUCAAAACCCCAAGGAAGGGCUCAAACACAGUUCCAACAGCAGCACUUACAAAAUUAGUUAAUGAACUAAGAAUAAAUAGAAAAAAUGAUCCGGCAUUUAAUUCAAUGCGUCAGCUUCCUGUUCCAACAAUUGAAGAUGAUCAUGAUAGUCACUUAGUUACACCGGUUUCAUCUACUCUUGCUGCAAUUGACUUAUAUUUAAUGUGA